AUGAUUGAUACUAAGGGCUGGCCUGUUGAUAUUACAUUUAGGCACACCAACGUUGAGUAUAACAACACGCACAUGAUCGCAGUAGAACAAAUGCCACAAAGAGAAUUAAGGGGCACAAGUAACCUAAAAUUCCGGUUUCGAACAAAAUCCAUAAGACUGAACGGACCAUUUGCAAAUACAACUGAGAUCUCUAUCAUUCCAGUAUCGGGCCAUGACGACAUUUAUGACGUUUACAUAAACCACUUACGUAUGUCCGUUUAUCAUCGCCUGUGUGCACUAAUAAUAAAAAAGCAUCAAAGCAAUUGA